AUGGAGGAACUAUUGCUACUUUUCUGUGGAACAUCUUUCUAUUUAUCUUCCUUUCUCGUUACUAAGCAAACGUUGCUCAGUUUGUUUCGAAAGGAACUAAGCGAUGCAGAUAUUGUCGCCAUAAGCGAAAACUCCUGGCUGACCAAUGCGUUUUCCUGGUUUGGAAUACCAUACUUUUUCUAUGACCUUGUGGUGAUGUAUAAAGGUCACAUGUUGACGUUUCCAGCCAUACAUGACCAGACGUUUGUGAAUAGAAUUCAACAUUUUGUCCUCCAUAACAAAAUGCUUACAGUCCAUCAUUUCUUCCUGCCUUUGAUUUUUUUUCCAGUGGUAGUGUUUCUCCGACGAGGUAUUGGAGAUUUCUUUGUUGGAGUAUUCUUUCAAUUAGAAGUUUCUCUUCCAUUUAUAGCUGCACGUAGCAUCUUGGUUCAGCUUCACCAGAAACACACCGUUCUAUAUGUGAUUGUGGGUAUUGCAAUGAUGAUUACCUUUUUUGUGAGUCGGAUCCUGGUUUUCCCGUACCUGUACUGGCAUUACGCAGUAUACAAGAACAUACCUACCUGGAGAGUUCCUUUUGUCAUUCCACUGAAGUGCAGCAUUGGUUGUGCUUUCAUCCUCUGUAUACAGCUGUAUUGGAUGUCCAAGAUGCUCAAAGGCGCUAUUAAGCUUAUAAACAGAUUCAAGUCGGGUAAUAUGCCAACCCCGGAACAAUUGAAUUACAAUGAUGUUGCCACUGAGAAGAUAAAUUGA